GUCGAGGCUUUUUAGUAAGCGGCUUGGCAGCUUGAAUGCCAGGCGGGUGAAGGCGGUAGAUUAGCAUACCGGCUGUGUUAGUUAGUGGAUGACAAACACACAAAUCGGGGAGGGGGAGUGUGUUGGAGCUAUUUCUGAGCUCUCUCGCGGUUGCAGUGGCAAGCAACGGCUUACGGACUUACGAGUUACGAAUAACGACAACAACGGCAGCACUGCUGGCUGCUGUUGAAACAUGACAGAAAUUCCUAAUCUGACCGCGAUAUGAAUUUUUGCAUAGUUUUUGUAUCUAGAUACAUUGUGAAUGGAAGGAAGAAACUCUCCUCAGAGCUUAGAGGACACGCAUAUUAACUGGACGUGAGUUUAAAGAAUACACGGUUGUGUGGAACGGUUUUUUUUUUGUUUUGCUUUUUUUUGUUCUGUCCAAUAUUUAUCAUCAAAAACGAGUGUAUCCAAGUCCAAGGCGACUGACAAGUCGGCGGCGGUGGCGUCGGUGGAGCGAAUUAUAAGUUUCUAGUCUAAAUGAUCGAUCGAAGGACAGCAGUAGUCCAUCAUACAACACUAACACGCGACGCAAACUCGACGCUAGCUCAGUAAAACAACUUUUUAAACAAAAACAAACAAAAUGUGCUACAUAAUCAUCACGGGAGGCAGCCUAGUCUGGUUUAUCUUAAGCCUGAUCGCUGAUAUGUUUAUCGUGUCGGCAAUAGUCACGCCAAAGUGGCUGAUUGGUCCCCACGCCGAGUUGGAGGCUUCGGGGGCAUCAAAUCUCACCGCCCACAGGUAUCCGUCGGUGGGCAUCUAUUCGCGAUGCAAGAAGAUGGAGCAGAUGGGCUUUCGCUGUGGGAGAUUCGACUUGGAUGGCUUUAGCACUGAUAGCGAAGUGUAUCCGGGGGAAUGGAAGGCAGCAAUGUUCUUCAUCUCGUUGGGGUUUGCGAUCCUUACAACAACUGUGUUCCUGACGCUUCUCACCUGUUGCCGGCAAUCGUUGUUUGGCAAGAGUAUCCACAAUAUUACGGGCUGUGCUCAGGUUGUUGCUGGAAUCAGCGUAAUGAUGACGAUAUUUCUGCAUCCGAUGGGAUGGGGCGCGCCAAGGGUGUUGGCGCUUUGUGGACCUGGUGCUGAGCCAUUCUAUCCAUCAAUGUGUAGCGUGGGAAUCUCAUUUUACUGUGCGGUCAUAGGAUCUCUACUAUGCUUCAUUUGUGCUGGUAUAAGUCUCAAAGCUGAAUCAUCAAAUAUGCGAACACGAGUGAGACGUCGUGUUGAAGAAGGCGAUCGACUUGUUUGUAUCCCAUAAAAA